CAUUUGAGCGCUAGUAGUCUGUUUUGUUUACAUUUUUUCCCGCUUAAAUGCUUGUGCACAUUUUAGGUUAGCUUAUUCCUGUUGAUCGUUUAAUUUAUAUUUAGUGUUUUUGUCGUACUUACGUUCUGUCAAUAUGUACUACACUAAAAACUGUUGUGUGCCGGGUUGUCAAAACAGGACAGAAACCCGUCACAGAUUUCCUCGUGUUUGUGACGUGGAAAGAUUUCAGCACUGGAAACGUGUAAUUGCCUCGCCGAAAUUAGCUCUCAUUAGUAAUGAGCAUAUUUACAAAGUCUAUAGGAUAUGCAACAGUCACUUCAGUGCAGAUUGCUUCAGCCCAGGGACGAAGAGGCUUAACGCCAAUUGUGUACCAACCCUCCUAUUGCCAGGUUCAAGGCAGAGUGUAGAAGCAUCUUCUUCUGGUGACGGUGUAAGUUCAACACACAAUUUCGAUGCUAUAGUGAACCCAGUUUCUACAUCGAGUGGUGAAAAAGCUGAGGAAUGUUCUUAUGUCCCUGAUAAUUUACGAGAAAAAUUGGAAGUAAGUCUGCAGAAGAUGAUAGACUCAUUCAAAUGUGAUUACGAGCUAAAAAUCUCUUCGCUGGAGAAGUCAGUAUUGGAGCUGCAGGAGGAAGAUAACAGCGACAAAUUAAUUGAAGCUGAUCUCAAGGUAGAAAACUUGACACAAGAGGUAAACGCUCUACAAGCUACAUGUGAAAGGCUGGAAAAUGAAAAACUGGAGCUUCAGAAGCAAGCGGAAGAUGCCGUUGGCAAAUAUGAAUCCUUGGCGAACAUGGUCAGGAAUUAUGACUUGCAGAUCAGUCAUUGGAAGGAGAAAUGUGCAGCUGUAAAUGCGGAUUUCGAGAAAUUGAAUUGCGAAUACUACAGUGUCGUGGAAAAGUACAUGUCAGUAAAAGGAUUGGAAGUUGACUACAACAGGAGGUUGACAGAGGCACAGUCUGAGUGGGAAAAGCUGUCCAAAGAAAACAGGCGCCUGCAGGCCGAAAUCGACAACAUCACGACUGAGCUGACCAUCGCGAAGGAAGAGGGCAGGAACGACGUGGAAGCUCUUAAGGGUCAACUGGCUGUUAAAGCUAGUGAGCUAAAAACCCGCCAGCAGUGUAUUGAUGAACUCAAAGAGAAGAUAGAGAAGGAUGAUAAAACAAUUGAGAAACUCUCCUUGCAGUUGAAAGAUGAGAGGGAAGAUAGAAUAAGGCAAGUGGAAGGAUUGGAAAAGGAGAUCCAAGAACAAGCAAAAAUGUCUCACAUAUACAGACAGCGGAUCCUGGACGACGAGUCGAAGCUGGGCGACGUGGCCGAGGGCCACAGGGAGCUGCUGGAGUUGAUCGCCCACGGCGAGAGGAAGUGCAAGAGCCUGGAGUCGGAGCUGUGGAAGGCCGGCCACAACUGCCGCAGGCACGAGGAGAACUCCCAGCAGCUGGAGAAGGAGGUGGACCGGUUGAACGCCGAGCUGGCGAAAUGCAGGAACGAAAAUGUGACCAGAUCAAUAGAUGAGCUUUAUCCCAUGAUAGGAGCAAGUCGACAACUUUUGAAAAAUGACAUUUCCUUCACAGAACUGUUGCGACAGUACUCAAAAGCGUCAGAUGAGAUUUUCUCUUUGAAGAAAGAGAAUCUUGAUUUGAAACACUCCAUCGACAAGCUCGCUAAGGAACUGGAAGCAGUGUUUCCAUAUUUAAAAGUGCAGAAGGAAGACUACACCAAAGCUCUGCAGACUAUUGACGAUCAAGUGAGGCAAAUGGACGAGAUAAAAGUUGCUUUGACAUCUGCAGAGAAUGAGAAGCAGCAGUCAGAGAAUGACAGGCGGAUGUGCGAGUCAGUAGUUAUGGAUUUGUCGAAACAGGUUCAGUACUUGACUGCACAGCUCGAGUCUGCCAGAAGGGGUAUGUUUGCAAACAAGUAUCCCCAAAACCACGAUGACAGUUCUCAGGUAGACAAUAUUUUUGGCAGUAUAGAAGAACUGCAGAUGAAAAAUGUUAAGUUAUUGAAAAAAAUAAAAAUCAUGUCUGAGAAAGAAAUGGUACUUCAGGAAGAAAUUGCAAACAUUCAACAAACGAACGCGGAAGUUCUACUGAAAGAACAACAGAGAUGCAGGCAGACAGAACUCGCGGUUGAUGAACACAAGGAAAUAAGCAGCAGUCUCAGGCAGCAGUUGAAAGUCUACCAGAAUAUGUACAAAAACAAACUGGAUGACGGAUUUGGUGAAAUUCCGUUUGCCGUACCUGAAAGUACGACUGCGGUGCAGACGGAUAUGACGUUAUAUGAUUUUGAAAAUCUGCUGAGGGACAAGGCCGGGGCGGAGCGGCUGGCGAGGGACCUCGGGGCGAAGGCGGACGCCCUCGGCACGGAGCUGCAGGAGAGCGAGCGCCGGCUGGACGAGGCCCGGGCCGAGCUGCGCCGGGCCCGGGGCGUUGGCGGCGCGCUGAGGGCAGAGCUGGACCACGCCCGCCAGGCCUUCGCCGGCCUCGGCGACGCCCGGGACGCCCUCAGGAGGCAGGUGGCCCUGCUCGAGGGCCAGUGCCGGGAGCUCUGCGCCAAGCUGGCCGGCCGCGACGCGGAGCUGCAGUCCCUCAGGGCGGCGGUGAAGGCGGAGCGCGACGCCGGCCUGAGGCAGGCGGACUCCCUGCGCCAGUGCCGGCGCGAGCAGGCGGCGCUGGCGGAGCGGGAGCGGAGGCUGCGCGACGAGCUGGACCAGGUCCGGCGCUGCGAGGCGGUGCUGGCCGCCAUCACGGCCGGCGUCGAGGCCUUGAAGGCCGGGGCGGAGCGGAGGGCCACCCGGGCCCAGGAGGAGCUGGGGGCCGACAUGGGCUCCGCCAUGGAGGAGUGCUCCGUGCUCCGGCGGCUGCUGCAGGAUAAAUAUAAAGAAAUGGACAAGUUGGAGUUGGAGAAAGAAAAUGCAGUGAAGUUGCAGCUUGAUCAAGAAGAAAAGUUUAAUGACGAACUUAAAGCUGCUAGGGAAGAGAUUGAGGUUCUGGGUAAAGAAAUCAGCAACUUAAAAAAUUCUAUAAAGGAGUGUGCAUUGAAGAGGAGCGAGCUGAUGGACGAGAAGGAAAAGUUGCAGGAGGAAAUAGCUGCGAGGAACAGCGAAGUGAAGGAGCACAUUGCGCGCUGUGAGGAGUACCAGUCGCAGCUACGCAGCUUGGCAGCGGAGUUGGAGCAGUCCAGAGUCGAGGCAGCUGCGAGAAAUGAGGGAAGAGAAGAACGACUGAAGGAAAUUAGCGAACUGAGAGAGAAGCUAUCAAACUUGGAGAAGGAAGAGGCUGCGAAAUCCGUGUCGAAUGCGAUGGAAGAGAAGGAGAAUAAACUGAAGUCGCAGCAGGAAAAGUUUGAAUCGAUACUGGAACUGGGGAAGCAGAUGAAUGUGGACAAGGAACUGUCGAUGCAUUCAGAGGCCAUGGUAGAGUUAAUGAGAGACGUAACCUUAAAAUCUGAUGAAAUAGUUAAACUGAAAGCUGAAAUUGAAAAGUUGUAUGCCGACCUUGGAGAUGUUAAAAAUGACUUCAAGCAAAAAGAAACAAAUUUGGAAAAUGAGUGUGCACAGUUGCAGAAACACAUUUCUAUUUUGGAGGGUAAAAAUUCUCUUUUGUGUGAACAGUUGAAAGUAUUUGAUGCUCAACAGUUUGAGUCCAAAGAAACUCAGUCGUCAGAACCUGGUGUUGUGGUGAUCGAUGAAGUAGCAACACCUUUCGCAUUCAAGAGUGAGUCGGUUCAGCCGUUGGUUCCGGGCGACGGAUGUCCGGAGCAGCAUGAGGCAGACAUACAAGAAGUUGAAACCAUUGAAGUGCUGAGUUGUGAGGACAACCCCAUAGCUGAACCGUCUAAUUCGGAGCAGCUGGAAUCAGCGUACACUGAAGACGGUGGUGCUGAAUGUGCAUUGGUAGACGACCAGCCGUACGUUACUGGCAAGAGUGAAUUGGCUCAGAGUGUGGCUGUGGGAGCUACCCAGAGUGAAACUAGUGCUCUGCGCCAAGAAGCAGCAGGUGUGAAAUCAGUUCAUAACAUUGGGGAGCCUCGUGAUAAGGAUGCACAUAAACAGAGCGAAAAAGAAGUACGGACCUCAAUUGGCAGCCGAAGAAGCUCACGCCGAACGUGUUCCAAUUACAGGAAGAAAGACGCAGUUCGCGAGGUCUUUGAACCUGGCCUUCGACUUACCUUCAAGAAGACCGCCGUGACAGUAGACUCGGCGGGAGAGACCUUCCAAGUGAACAUGCCGGGAGGGUUCGAGGUGUUGGGUGAGAACCCGGCGGGCAGCAAAUCCGCUCAGGAACCAGCGGUAGACGAUGAUGGCAUCGUUCCUCUCACGGAUCAGCACAGGGUGGAAAUGGAGUUUCAUGGUGAACAAGAGCUAGAAGAUAGUUUUGAUGCGGAGCAAGGGGAGUUUGACAACAGUUCACAGUCGGAAGAAGGUCGCGAUUUCGCUGUCCUGCAGCCCUUGCCCCCGACGUUUGAAUACAUCGCUGCACUUUCUGCCCCUGAAGAAAUAGACCUGACCCCGGGGAGGCCCGCGCGGGAGAGGUCCCCCCCAUCGUCACGGCCGGCCAGGGGCUCGGGCACGGCGCGACGCUCGCGCGGGACGUUCAAGUCGCACAGGAAGCGAUCGUCGUCCGGCGAGGAGUCGCCCGCCCCGUUCACCAAAGUGUCCCGUAGGAAAUAGUGUUUGGACGGCGUCGGGGCGUCCCGGCAGGGUGCGCGGAGGGGGAAGCCCGAGCGGAAGAGACGGGCGGACUCGCCCCAGCCGGCGGGAGGUCCCGAGACGGAGCUCCGGCCGUGGGCAGCGCCCAGAUACGGCAGGACGCGAUCAUCGGUCGUCCAGCCUCGCCACCCUCCCUCCGCCAAGUCCCGCCGCAAGUAGCGUGUGCUCCUUCCGUUCGUCGGCGCGGGAAGACACGGACCAUUUCGGAAAGAAAUAAAAGAAAAAUUUCCCGUGUGUGUGUUUUUAGUGACUUGUAAGUGUUAGACCUGAAAACCUGAAGGUGUUUUAAGAAAUAAAGUUUUCUAUAGUGAGUUUAUUUUAAUCAAAAGUAGUGCAGCAGAUCUCAACGGUUAAUUUGAAUUCAAACAUGGACAAUGAAUAUUUUGUUCAGCAUUUUAUGGUGUUCUGCGUGUCCAGUCAUAAUUUAUUGUUAUAGCUGAGGUUUAGAGUUUAAUGUAAAGUACAGCUAACAGAACUUUCAUGAAUGUUUAAUGUGCUGCAACAUUAUUAUUAUAUUAUCAUCAUCUAAUAAAUUAAAAACAGUUGGCAAAUAUUUUUUUUAUUUUUUAAGAUUAUACUUUUUUUAUGGUCAUAGUUUACAUUAAACAUAAAGCUCAGAGAUAUAUAUGUAUAUAUAGUUUUUCCAUUUGGAGUUAACUGAAAUGUGCAUUGAGUACUUGUGUGAAUGUACAUUUUAAAUAUAGUGUCUUUGGCAACAGUGAUAAUAUCUCCUUGGAAAAAAAAAGGAAUGAAAAUAACUUUUAAUUUUGAUUUUAAAUGGAGGUUGUUGGGUUAAUAAUGUCUUGGACUAUAUUUAUGGUAACAGUAUCAGAAGCUUCAGAGGAUGUAUAUUUUGAUACAUGUUAAUUAUCAAGAUAUUAUUGAUGAACCUGUCAUUUUUUUUAUCUUUUUUAUACUUUACUGCCUAGUACACUGUUUUAUUAGAGCAAAAAUGUAUUUUUCCUUAAUUUACACACAGCAAUUUGCAAAUAUGUGGGAAUACUUUUUUUUGUACUUGGAAAAUUUUUCUUUUUCAGCACUGAAGGCAGAAGUUUUGUUUUGUUGCACAAAUCUAACAGUUAUUCACUGUAUGCCUGUUGUAUUGUGGAGUAUAACUGUAUAAAUGAUCGUAUGUUUUCAUAAAGUAUACGUGGCAGCUUUAUAUAUAUACUAUUUUUGUGUUAUUAUUAAUUACUAUUCAGCUUAAAAUAUUAUUUCAUACAAAAUUAGAUUGAUUUAUAUAUCUUAAAAAUUUAAUUUUAUGCUCAAACUUGCGUGUUAUGUUUGGAACUCUUUUAAUACAUUAUUUAUGUAUUUAUUUAGUUGAAAUUUUGGCAUCAUGGAUUUUUUAUAAAAUAUUUUCUACACUUUAAUUUUAAAAUUUUUGUGUUAGCCUAGGUGUAAAGCUGUCUGUAAUCCAGGUUGUGUUCUGUUUAUUCGAGAAUUAGCUUCUACGAAUUUGGUUUUAAUGUCUUGCAUUAUGUAGUUUGCUGUUUUAGUUAAUAAUUGAUUUUUCAAAUUUGUAAAUGAACCUGAAAUGAAAACAUUCCACUGUUCAUUGUUGAAUAAUUUCUGCUGUCAACAAAAUAAUAGGUAAAUUUAGUGGUUCAAUUAAAAAAAAUUAGGAAGUGUGCAUUAUAUUAUUUUGGAUUAAAUUCCAUGUAAAAAUUUAAUAACUCUUUUAAGUACAUACUGUGUGAGUUGUGGAAACGUUUUAAUUCAUGUAAUUUGGUUAAAAAAAAUUUUGAAAGGCAAGUUUCUGAUGUAUGUGAUGUUGAAAGUAAUCUACAUACUGUAUGUGUAGUUGAAAUUAGAUGUAUUGUUUGUCUUUACAAGCCAUACUACUUGUUUGUCUGUCUGUUUAUUUGAAGAUGUGUAGUAUUUGUACAGUUAAAGGGUUGUAUUCAUGGGACUAGCUAAACUAUCCUUGUGUUCAUCUUGAAAUUUGAAACCAUAAAUUAUAUUUAAAAGAAAAGAAAAACUGUUUACCACUGUAAGUAUUUUAUGUAAGUUACAGAAAAAUUGUGUGUAGUGAUGUAUUUUGUAAAAGCUUCAAUAUAUAAAGUAUUUUAGAAUUUACCUGAAUUAAAUAAUUGUACAUCUUA